AUGCAUUUCACUGGGCGGCUUACUGGACGUCUGCGUUCGUGGCUGCUUGUUGGUGUCCUGGUCUAUGUCUUGUUCUUUGCCAUCUCUUCUGCUGCUCCGAUUAGAGACAACGAGAUUCAGCUUGCAUCCGACGACGAGCUUGCAACGGACCCUCACAAUCCCUCGGCGCCCUCCUUCCGACUACACGACCCUGCUGUGCACGACGCUUCGAGCGGCGGAUCCGCAUCUCAUCAGACCCCUCCGAACUUUGCUUCGACUGCUUCAAGGGUUCAAGAGCCUCAACGAUUCCAGACAGCCUUCCGUGCUUCUUCUUUGUCUCUCAGGAGGCGCUUUGCCGUCCUGAAACGUAAGUUUGCCAGGAGAUACUACAACAUCUGGCAAUCAAACAUGUUCAGCGCCGAAUUCAGAAAGUGGCGCAAUCAGCAAAACGCACAGCAGAAAGCUGAGGCCAGAAGGCUUUCCAAGCUUGGACAAAAGUCUGGCGAGAUGGAAUUCAAGCCUGUCUUCAAGCUGGCAAAGGAUGAGAGCAAGAUAUAUAACGAGCAUCCCUCAGCUGCUUCUAUUGCCAGAUUGAUGCAAGAACAAGAGCAAGCGCGCAAGAUCUCGGAAGCGGCUCGGCUGAAAGCUCUGGAGUUCCAAGCCGCCAGUAGUCCUGACCAGGAGACAGACCGUCUGACGCAGAAAUCAUGGAGGCAUUCGCAGCCUGAAGCGCCAGCAAGCACCGCCACGGACUCCAGAGCCACGAUCAAGCUCAGUAGACAGCCAAGCUCUCGUUUCGACUUGGCUUUGCUGACGAGCAAGGCCAAGAAGGCGGCAGAGCAAGGCGCUCCAGUCCUUUAUGACGUCCUUCACCGUAACCCUCUGCCUACGUUGCACAAGAGAGCCCGAGAUUAG